AUGACGGUAACAAGGCCUGGCAAUCCUACUAGAUACCCAGCUCAACCGGAUCUCUUGCGACGCACAAAUUCUUCUCACUCACAAACCAAUUCUACUAAGCGAAGCAGAGGCCCAAUCAAUAAAAGAGCUUGCCAACGUUGCAGACAAGGAAAGAUUAAGUGUGACGGCGAUGCGGAGACUGGAAAGCCGUGCUCUAACUGUGAUCCUGAACUCUGCAAAUACGAUAACAGUCCCAGGAAGAACAAACAAGUUGAGAACCUAAAACAAAGACUGCAAAAAGUUGAAGAACAACUCGUUUUCAUUUUGAAGAGUUCUGGUGACAAACUAGAAUUAACUUAUAUCGAAAAAGAGACACUUUGUCUCUUAUAUGAAAAUAAAGAACGUUUUAACGGGUCUGCCGUUUUUCAAGGGCUACUUGAAGCAAUAAAACAAUGUCACCUUGACAAACAACUCUUAGUUUAUACUUAUUCACUUUUAGAACGAAUUUCUACAAACGAAGACAAAAUCCAAGGAAUAAUUGAAAGUUUACAACGGGUUCUUUUUGCCGCUACCGAGCGUGCUAAAAACCUUUCUAUCCCAUCUGCAAAUACUCAACUCGAACAACAACAAUACGAUUCUUCAAUAAUGUCUGGUAGUGUCGAUCCAACAAUGAUACUAGCCAACAAUCCAUCGAAUUUAUCGGCAAUUUCUUCUUUUGAAAAUAAUAUGUGCCAAAAUUGUGAAACAAAUGGCUUAAAUCAUGUUCAUACCUCAUCAUCAGAUGAUGAUGGAUCGGAAUCUUUUAGUAAUGGAUAUGAAUGUAAUGAUGAUGGCAGUGGAGGACCUUCAACACCAAACGAACAGAAUCAUCCUAAUUGUUAUGAAUCUAAACCGUUUCAAUCAACAAAUGGAUCGACUCACCAAUUACCAGGCUCAUCACAAAUGUUGGAAAUGGAUUAUUAUCAUCCAUUUUCACCUUAUAGCCUUCAAACGACGGAUUAUUCAUCUUUCCUCUUUUUCGAUCACCAAACCACAUCUCCAACAGAUGAGAAUAUGUAUUUGAAACUUAGUUAA